CAUUUUUCUUGCUUUCAACAUGGCGGCUUUUGGGAAGUGGUGCAGCAAAUCAAUGUUUUGAAGUGAGGAUUUCACUGCCCGGUUGUUAGAAAACGAUAGGAGAGAUCUGCAGAAUCUGCAGUGAAUUAGACUACGCCAUGUCAGGAACAGCGUCAGUCCUUCAGCAAUUUGUCAAUGGGUUGAAGAGUCGGAGUGAGGAGACCAGAGCUAAAGCUGCGAAAGACCUGCAACACUAUGUUACCACAGAACUUCGUGAGGUCAACCAAGAGGAAGUCACUUCUUUCUACGAUGAAUUGAACCAUCACAUUUUCGAACUGGUUUCCAGUUCCGAUGUGAAUGAGAGGAAAGGCGGCAUCUUGGCAAUUGUAAGUCUCAUUGGAGUUGAAGGAGGAAAUGCAACCCGAAUUACACGGUUUGCCAAUUACCUACGGAAUCUACUCCCAUCUAGUGACACAGUUGUUAUGGAAAUGGCUUCAAAAGCUAUGGGCCGCCUUUCUAUGGCUGGUGACACCUUCACGGCAGAAUAUGUGGAGUUUGAAGUGAAACGUGCACUUGAAUGGCUUGGAGCAGACCGGAAUGAAGGAAGGCGUCAUGCUGCGGUUCUGGUUUUGCGUGAACUGGCAGUCAGUGCUCCCACUUUCUUCUUUCAACAAGUGCAGGCUUUCUUUGACAAUAUAUUCUAUGCAGUCUGGGAUUCUAAACAGGCCAUAAGGGAAGGUGCUGUUGCUGCUUUACGGGCUUGUCUGAUCCUUACCACUCAAAGAGAGACCAAAGAAAUGCAAAGACCCCAGUGGUACAAGCAAACCUUUGACGAGGCUGAGAAAGGAUUUGAUGAGACUCUGGCUAAAGAAAAAGGCUUGAAUCGUGACGACCGCAUACAUGGUGCUUUGCUUAUUCUAAAUGAAUUGAUUCGUAUAAGCAGCAUGGAAGGAGAGCGCUUGCGUGAGGAAAUGGAAGAUAUCACUCAGCAACAAUUAGUACAUGAUAAAUACUGCAAGGAGUUGAUGGGAUUUGGAACAAAACCCAGACAUAUUACAUCCUUCACAAGUUUCCAGUCUGCACAGCCCCAACAAUCAAAUGCACUUCUGGGACUUCUUGGAUAUAAUACACCCCAGGGCAUUUCGGUAUUUGGAACCACUCCUGCUCCAGCCAAACCAUCUUUGGUGGAAAGUAGAUAUUGUCGCGAGCACAUGGAAGCACGGAUUGAGCAGGUAAUUCAUUGGGUGCUGAAGUAUCGCAGCAGCAAGAAUCCACUGAUUCAAAUGGCAAUCUUAAACUUGAUUCCCCGUCUAGCUGCGUUUAAGCCCCUUUUGUUCACGGGUGAGCGAAAAGGUAUGGAUAUUCCAGAACAACAUCUGUAUGAAUCGAUGAACCAUCUGUUGGCCUGUUUGAAAAGAGAAAAAGAACGUGCUGCUGCAUUCCAAGCCCUGGGUCUACUGGUGGUGGCUGUAAAAACGGACCUUGAUCCAUAUAUGCCGAGAAUCCUGGACAUUUUAAAAGCAGCCCUCCCACCGAAGGAUUUUGCUCACAAACGGCAAAAGCCUGUUCAAGUGGAUGCAACUGUGUUUACUUGUAUCUGUAUGUUAGCUAGAGCUAUUGGACCAACUAUCCAGCAAGAUAUUAAGGAACUACUAGAGCAGAUGCUUGCUGUUGGGCUCAGUCCUGCUUUGACAGCUGUACUGCAUGAUCUAUGUCGACAUAUACCAGCGCUUAAAAAGGAUAUUCAGGAUGGCUUACUGAAGAUGUUGUCACUGGUGCUGAUGCAUAAACCUCUUCGACACCCAGGCAUGCCCAAAAGUUUAGCUCAACAACUUGCAUCUCCCAGCUUGAUGAAUAUCCCUGAAGCAAAUGAUGUUGGAUGCAUAACUCUUGCACUUCGUACCUUGGGCACCUUUGAAUUUGAGGGCCACUCUCUUACCCAGUUUGUCAGACACUGUGCAGACCACUUCCUUAACAGUGAGCACAAAGAGAUUCGAAUGGAAGCAGCCAGAACUUGUUCAAGACUACUCACUCCAUCAGUUCAUCUUAUUAGUGGUCAUGGCCAUGUUGUCAGUCAGACAGCUGUUCAAGUCGUGGCAGAUGUGCUUAGUAAACUCCUGGUUGUGGGAAUUACAGAUCCAGAUCCUGAUAUUCGGUACUGUGUGCUGGCAUCAUUAGAUGAACGUUUUGAUGCCCAUUUAGCCCAAGCUGAGAACCUGCAAGCUCUUUUUGUGGCACUGAAUGAUGAAGUCUUUGAAAUUCGAGAGCUUGCCAUCUGUACGAUUGGUAGAUUGAGCAGCAUGAACCCUGCGUUUGUGAUGCCUUUUCUUCGCAAAAUGCUGAUACAGAUUUUAACGGAACUGGAGCAUAGUGGAGUUGGCCGAAACAAAGAACAAAGUGCCCGAAUGUUAGGCCACCUGGUUUCAAAUGCCCCUCGCCUUAUCCGGCCAUAUAUGGAGCCUAUUCUCAAGGCUUUGAUCUUAAAAUUGAAGGAUCAUGAUCCCAACCCUGGAGUUAUUGUUAGUGUCCUAGCUACAAUUGGAGAACUGGCCCAGGUGAGUGGGCUGGAGAUGAGAAAGUGGAUGGAUGAAUUAUUUCCUAUCAUCAUGGACAUGCUUCAAGAUUCUUCAUCACUUGCAAAAAGACAGGUGGCACUGUGGACCUUGGGACAGCAAGUUGCCUGCACUGGCUAUGUGGUGGAGCCUUAUCGGAAGUACCCAUCUCUCCUUGAAGUGCUGCUAAACUUCUUGAAGACUGAGCAGAACCAGGGUAUUCGGAGAGAGGCUAUCCGUGUCUUAGGGUUGUUGGGUGCGUUAGAUCCAUACAAACACAAAGUUAAUAUUGGGAUGAUUGAUCAAUCUCGUGAUGCAUCUGCUGUCAGUCUAUCAGAAUCUAAAUCGAAUCAGGAUUCAGCUGACUACAGCACCAGUGAAAUGUUGGUGAAUAUGGGGAAUUUACCACUGGAUGAAUUUUACCCAGCUGUUGCCAUUGUAACCCUCAUGCGUAUCCUGCGAGACACAUCUCUUUCAAACCACCACACAAUGGUCGUUCAGGCUGUCACUUUUAUCUUCAAGUCUUUGGGUUUAAAAUGUGUCCAGUUCUUGCCUCAAGUUAUGCCCACGUUCCUCAAUGUUAUCCGAGUGUGUGAUGCCAAUACUCGAGAGUUUUUGUUCCAGCAGCUGGGAAUGCUUGUUUCAUUUGUGAAAAUUCACAUUCGACCCUAUAUGGAUGACAUAUUUGCCUUGAUUAAGGAAUAUUGGACACUUAACAAUCAAAUGCAGAACACCAUUAUUCUGGUUAUUGAGCAGAUUGUUGUUGCUUUGGGAGGGGAAUUUAAGCUUUAUCUGCCACAGCUGAUUCCUCACAUGUUACGUGUCUUCAUGCAUGACACCAGUACAGGACGCAGUGUCACGAUCAAGCUAUUAAAUGCAAUACAACUAUUUGGAGCCAACCUGGAUGAUUACCUUCAUCUUCUGCUUCCUCCAAUUGUCAAAUUAUUUGAUGGGCAAGAAGUACCCCUGCCACCUAGAAAGGUGGCCUUGGAGACUCUGGAUCGCCUGACAGAAUCGUUGGACUUCACAGACUAUGCCUCAAGGAUUAUUCAUCCCAUAGUUCGUACACUGGAUUGUACUCCAGAAUUACGUCAAACUGCAAUGGACACACUUUCUUCAUUAGUAUUUCAACUUGGGAAAAAGUAUCAAAUAUUUAUUCCCAUGGUGAAUAAGAUGAUGAUGCGCCACAGGAUAAACCAUCAACGAUAUGAUGUAUUAGUAUGUCGCAUUGUAAAGGGGUACACGUUGGCAGAAGAAGAGGAAGAAGAAGAUCAGCGCCGGAGUUCACGAGGCAACCAAGGUGACAGGCUGUCGAGUGGACCUGUGGAGACUCAACCUAUGAAGAAAUUGCAUGUUAGCACCACCAAUCUGCAGAAGGCAUGGGGUGCAGCCAGAAGAGUUUCUAAAGAUGACUGGAUGGAAUGGUUGAGGAGAUUAAGUGUGGAAUUACUAAAAGAAUCCCCAUCACCUGCACUCCGUUCAUGUUGGUCACUAGCUCAGGCCUACAAUCCUUUGGCAAGGGAUCUGUUUAAUGCAGCCUUCCUCUCUUGUUGGUCAGAACUGCAUGAAUCACAGCAAGAUGAGCUUAUCAGAAGUAUUGAGCUAGCUUUAACUUCUCAGGACAUCCCUGAAGUCACGCAAACCCUGCUGAACCUGGCAGAGUUCAUGGAGCACAGUGACAAGGGGCCUUUACCUUUGAGGGAUGAUAAUGGCAUUGUCCUCCUUGGAGAGAGAGCUGCUAAAUGUCGUGCAUAUGCCAAGGCCUUGCAUUAUAAAGAGCUGGAGUUCCAGAAAGGUCCCUGUCCUGCAAUUCUAGAAUCAUUAAUUAGUGACACAUUUUCAUAUCUUUUUCCAUCUGGAGGGACUUGGAGACGACAGCUGUGGUCAGGUGGAAUCCAGAUGUACACAUCAGCAAAACUCAUAAAUAACAAACUGCAGCAACCUGAGGCAGCCGCUGGGGUCCUGGAAUAUGCAAUGAAACACUAUGGAGAAUUGGAGAUCCAGGCAACAUGGUAUGAAAAACUGCAUGAAUGGGAAGAUGCUUUGGUUGCAUAUGACAAGAAAAUGGACAUGAACAAAGAUGAUCCAGAGCUUGCUCUUGGGCGAAUGCGCUGCUUGGAGGCACUUGGAGAAUGGGGACAGCUCCAUCAGCAGUGCUGUGAAAAAUGGACCAUAGUCUCUGAAGAAAUAAAAGCAAAAAUGGCAAGAAUGGCAGCUGCAGCUGCUUGGGGACUUGGACACUGGGAUAGUAUGGAGGAAUACGCCUGCAUGAUUCCAAGAGAUACACAUGAUGGUGCCUUCUAUAGAGCUGUUCUGGCUUUGCAUCAAGAUCUCUUCUCCCUAGCUCAGCAGUGUAUUGAUAGGGCCAGGGACCUGUUGGAUACAGAAUUAACUGCUAUGGCUGGUGAGAGCUACAGUCGUGCCUAUGGGGCCAUGGUAUCCUGUCAGAUGUUAUCAGAGCUGGAAGAGGUAAUCCAGUAUAAGCUCGUUCCAGAGCGGCGGGAUAUCAUACGACAAACCUGGUGGGAACGACUCCAGGGCUGCCAGCAGAUUGUAGAAGACUGGCAACGUAUCCUAAUGGUUCGCUCCCUUGUUAUUGGGCCACAUGAAGAUAUGAGGACCUGGUUAAAGUAUGCUAGUCUUUGUGGCAAGAAUGGACGUUUGGCUCUGGCUCAUAAAACCUUAGUACAGCUGCUUGGUGUAGAUCCUUCAAAGCAUCUUGAUCAGCCUCUGUCAACAGUUCAUCCUCACGUCACUUAUUCUUACAUGAAGUAUAUGUGGAAAAGUACCCGCAAGAUUGAGGCUUUCCAACAUAUGCAACACUUUGUCCAGAAUGUGCAGCAACAGGCUCAGCACGCCAUUGCUGCUGAGGACCAACAACAUAAACAGGAGCUCCACAAGCUCAUGGCAAGAUGUUUCCUAAAGCUGGGGGAAUGGCAGCUAAACUUGCAGGGAAUCAACGAGAGCACUAUUCCUAAGGUUCUUCAGUAUUACAGUGCUGCCACAGAGCAUGACAGGAGCUGGUACAAGGCAUGGCACGCCUGGGCUGUGAUGAAUUUUGAAGCAGUUCUCCAUUACAAGCAUCAGAACCAAACUCGCGAUGAGAAGAAGAAACUCAGGCACGCCAGUGGAGCCAGUGCAACGAGUGAGGCCAGUAACAGUGAGAGUGAGGGUGACAGCAAUGAAAAUAGCCCUGUGCCAUCCCCAUUACAGAAGAAAGUUAACGAGGAACUAUCAAAGACAUUGCUGCUGUACACAGUGCCUGCUGUUCAAGGCUUCUUCCGCUCCAUUGCUCUCUCAAGAGGCAACAACCUGCAGGAUACACUCAGAGUUCUAACGCUGUGGUUUGAUUACGGACACUGGCCUGAUGUGAAUGAAGCUCUGGUUGAAGGAAUCAAAACUAUUCAGAUUGACACCUGGCUUCAGGUAAUUCCCCAACUCAUUGCGAGGAUUGACACUCCGCGUGCAUUAGUGGGGCGACUUAUCCAUCAGCUUUUAACUGACAUUGGUAGAUACCACCCCCAGGCAUUAAUUUACCCACUUACCGUCGCUUCCAAAUCCACUACACCAGCUCGACAUAGUGCUGCUAACAAGAUCCUGAAGAAUAUGUGUGAGCACAGCAACACACUAGUGCAACAGGCCAUGAUGGUGAGUGAGGAACUGAUUCGAGUUGCCAUCUUGUGGCAUGAAAUGUGGCAUGAGGGCUUGGAGGAAGCAUCGAGACUUUACUUUGGAGAGAGAAAUGUUAAAGGAAUGUUUGCGGUUCUGGAGCCUCUGCAUGCCAUGAUGGAACGGGGGCCUCAAACUCUCAAGGAAACCUCCUUCAACCAGGCAUACGGCAGGGACUUGAUGGAGGCUCAGGAAUGGUGUAGAAAGUACAUGAGAUCGGGAAAUGUAAAGGACCUCACCCAAGCUUGGGACCUUUACUAUCACGUGUUCCGACGGAUUUCAAAGCAGCUGCCCCAGCUCACCUCACUUGAACUCCAGUAUGUAUCACCUAAGCUGCUAAUGUGCCGUGAUUUAGAAUUGGCUGUACCAGGCACCUAUGAUCCAAACCAGCCAAUCAUCCGGAUUCAAUCAAUAGCUCCUUCCCUUCAGGUUAUAACCUCUAAGCAGCGACCAAGGAAGUUAACCAUCAUGGGAAGUAAUGGCCACGAAUUCAUGUUCUUACUAAAGGGCCACGAAGACCUGCGUCAGGACGAGAGGGUGAUGCAGCUUUUUGGAUUGGUGAAUACCUUGCUCGCCAAUGAUCCUGCCUCUCUGCGGAAGAACCUAAGUAUUCAAAGGUAUGCUGUCAUCCCUCUGUCCACAAACUCUGGUCUAAUUGGCUGGGUCCCUCAUUGUGAUACCCUACACGCGCUCAUUCGAGACUACCGUGAGAAGAAAAAGAUUCUGCUAAACAUUGAGCACCGCAUCAUGCUGAGGAUGGCUCCAGACUACGAUCACCUCACCCUGAUGCAGAAAGUUGAAGUGUUUGAACACGCAGUGAACAAUACAGCUGGAGAUGACCUGGCCAAGUUACUAUGGCUAAAGAGUCCUAGUUCUGAGGUGUGGUUUGACCGAAGAACCAACUACACACGCUCAUUGGCUGUGAUGUCAAUGGUGGGCUACAUCCUAGGGCUUGGAGACCGACAUCCAUCAAACCUGAUGCUGGAUAGGCUUAGUGGAAAAAUCUUACACAUUGACUUUGGAGAUUGUUUUGAGGUUGCAAUGACCAGAGAGAAAUUCCCAGAGAAGAUUCCGUUCAGGUUGACCAGGAUGUUAACCAAUGCCAUGGAGGUAACAGGAUUGGAUGGGAACUAUCGAAUUACAUGUCACACAGUGAUGGAAGUGCUUCGGGAGCACAGGGACAGUGUUAUGGCUGUGCUUGAAGCCUUUGUAUAUGACCCUUUGUUAAACUGGAGGCUCAUGGACACAAACGUUAAAGGUAACAAACGUUCCAGGACAAGAACAGAUUCCUACUCAACCAGUCAGACAGGGGAAUUGCUGGAUGGGGUAGAACUUGGAGAAACAACACACAAAAAAACUGGGACUACUGUGCCUGAAUCCAUACAUUCUUUUAUUGGAGAUGGUUUGGUGCAGCCUGAGGCCCUGAACAAAAAGGCAAUUCAAAUCAUUAACAGAGUUAGAGACAAACUUACAGGUCGUGAUUUUGCCCAUGAUGAAACUUUGGAUGUACCCACUCAGGUGGAGCUGCUAAUUAAACAGGCAACAUCCCAUGAGAACCUCUGUCAGUGCUAUAUUGGAUGGUGCCCCUUUUGGUGAAGCAAUUUCAAUACGUGCAAGAUGGCCUCAUAAAAGUUGAAUGUGAUUCUUGCCAAAUAAGCCAUGUUUAUUUAUUAAGGUUUGAAACCUUGCUGGACAUAACACAAAUGAUACACCGCACAGAGUAACACAGUGGACUGCAGCCCAUGUGGACAGGGCUCUGCAACCAGGAGCCUGCACAGAUGGGAGAUUUAUCAGAGCAAGCUGGAGGUUUUGAGCAGCCUGAGCAGAAUGACAUGACCUGACACCCUGGUUGGGUCCCAAGAACUGACAUUUUGAAUAUCACUGUUAGAAAUAAGCAAGGUUACUUUUUAGAACUAAUCCGAUCAAAUGUAGCUGAGCCCCCUGAUAGAAUAAUAAAUAUUGUAAUUACUGUGGAUACGUAUUACUUCUGGCCAGUAAUUCAGUUCAUAAACCAUUCAUAAAAUAUCAAUAAAGCAAUUA